AUGAAGAAUUUCAUCAUCUUAAGACUUCAAGUGAUUUUAUAUCUUCUCAUGAUUCAUUACAAGAAUUUGCUUAAAAUCUUGAAUAAGUUUUUGAUUCACCUAAAGGUACUAAUAAUGAACAUACUGAUAAAAGUCCUGAAUUUUAUAAUCCUGAAAUUAAACUUACAUCUCUUCCUAAAGAACUUCCUAUUAUUCAAGAAAAUGAAGAAAUUAUUAAUACUCAAUAAAGAUUAAAUGGAUUAAUCACUUAAAUUGAUUAAAAAAUUGAUCUCCAUUAAGCAAAUUAAUAAGUUAUUGAAAAAAUUAAAUAUAAAUACCUUCCAAAAAUAAAAGAACAAUUAAAAUUUUAAGAUUUCCCUGAUUUCAAUCCUUCAGAUUGGCCUAAAGAUGAUGAUCUUGACAAUCUUAAAAUUUAAUAAACUAAACUUUAAUCACCAAAACAAAUUUUUGUUAAAGAAUUGAAAGUUCAACCAAUGAGAAAUAUAACCUUUAAUUCUAAGGAUUUCAAUGAUCUUAUAUAGGAAUAAUUUCAAGUUGAUUCAUCUCAACAAAAAGAUCAUUCUCAAAAAUUAUUAUAAAAACCUAAAGUAGAUUCAAAUCUAUAAAUUUAAAGAGAAUCUUAAAUUCUUAAAUAUAAAAAUUCAAUAUUCAAAUUUCCAGAACUUAAUGAACAUUAAAUAAGACUAUUUAUUAAAGCUAGUAUUAUUUUAUUGAUAUUGACACCUUUAUUGCAAUUAUUUACUUUUAUAUUAUGA